AUGGUACCACCAAAGACGGUUAAGGAGGUACAGCGACUCACCGGGCAGAUCGCGGCCCUGGGAAGAUUUGUCUCCAGGUCGGCUGAGCGGUGCCUCCCAUUUUUCAGAAUUCUCAAGCGACCAAAGGACUUCUUGUGGUCGGAAGAGUGCCAACAAGCUUUCGAAGAACUUAGAUGCCUUCUCGCCUCUCCACCGCUGCUUACCAAGCCUCAACAGGGCGAGCUUCUCUACCUGUACUUAGCUGUCUUUCCGGUCGUAGUGAGCUCGGUCCUAGUCCGGGAAGAGGACAAGCUUCAAAAGCCUGUCUACUACACCAGCCGGGUCCUCAGAGAUGCUGAGAUCUUACAACGAUCGGACCGGGCCGGGAGAAUUGCCAAAUGGGCAGUCGAGCUCGAGAAGUUUGAUCUCGAAUACCGCCCAAGACCGACAAUUAAAGCUCAGGCGCUCGCUGAUUUUAUCGUAGAAUGCACCCUGCCAGACGACCCCGAGCACCUACACAUACCAACGGAGGAAACCCCAAGGCCACCCUGGGUCCUGUACGUGGACGGCUCCUCGAGCUCGGGGGGUAGCGGAGCAGGACUCAUCCUCACCAGCCCGAAUGGGGUAGUUGCAGAGCAAGCCUUACGCCUCGAAUUUCCUGCCUCGAACAAUGAGGCGGAAUAUGAGGCACUCAUCGCUGGGCUCAAAUUGGCAAGAGAGCUGAAGGUCGAAGACCUAAAAGUCUAUAGCAACUCCCAGCUGGUCGUAAGCCAAGUUCUAGGAGAUUUUGAAGCAAAAGAGCCCUCAAUGCAGAAAUAUCUUCAUAAAGUACGGGAACUCAUCUCCGCCCUGGGCGCCUUCAAUAUUCAGCAUAUUCCUAGAACGGAGAACCUCAGGGCCGACCUGUUGUCAAAGUUGGCGACCUCUCGCAUGAGCGAGCUCCCCAAGGCGAUGGCGCUCGAAUAUCUUCAAACACCCAGCACAGAAGAGCCUGACCCGGCCAUGUGCAUAGACACCGAGCUGAGCUGGAUAGAUGAGCUCGUCGACUAUCUACAAAGUGAGGUCCUCCCCGAGGAUGAGCUCGAAUCUCGCCGGAUCAGGCGCCAAGCUUCCCGAUUCAUAUUAUAUGAAGGCAAGCUCUACCGGAAGUCGUUUACCUCUCCUCUCCUCAGAUGCCUCCGCCCGUCGAAAGCAGACUAUGCUAUGCGAGAGGUCCAUGAAGGGAUAGGCGGGAACCAUUUGGGAGGCCGAGCACUGGCUCAUAAAAUCUUGCGCCAAGGAUAUUUUUGGCCUACACUCCAGAAGGACACACUAGACUUUGUCUGGAAGUGCGACCAAUGCCAGCAAAAUGUCAAUGUCCAGCGCCGGCCUUCGGUCCCGCUGACUUCAAUUGGUGUACCUUGGCCGUUCGCCCAGUGGGGCAUCGACAUCCUGGGGCCAUUCCCCCUGGCAACCGGGCAGAGAAAAUUUCUAGUCGUCUCCAUCGACUACUUCACCAAAACAAUAUUUCGGCUCCCCACUGGCAAGACCCCCUUUAACUUGGCAUACAGAAUGGAAGCCGUCAUUCCUCUGGAAAUCGGGCUCCCCUCCCUAAGGGUCGAGCACUACAACGCGGCCUCCAACUCCUCCCAACUCAGAGAGAACCUGGACCUCAUCGAGGAGACCAGGGAGGCAGCCCGAGUUCGUAUGGCAAGGUACCAACGGAAAACAGCACAAUACUUCAACUUCAGAGUAAAAGCCAAGCUCUUCAAGGUAGGAGAUCUCGUCCUUAGGAGGGCCGAGGCUUCUCAGCCCGCCGAGCAGGGGAAGCUAGCCCCGAACUGGGAAGGACCAUACCGAGUCACGCGAGUUCAGCGACCCGGAGCUUACAAGUUGGAAACCCUCGAGGGGGCUCCUAUCCCUCAAAGCUGGAACUCCGAGAACCUUCGGAUGUACUACCAAUGA